CUUUCCAGCGGGCCGCGAUGCUCUAGGGCUGACCGCAGCUUUUCCACCCAAGUGCGCGCUGGCGAAAACUUGCUCUCUUGCUUGGCGCCACUCUCUCGUCGGCACUCUUUCGCCGUCGUCGCCACUCUCUCGUCGCUGCUCGAAAACUUCUGCUGCUGGCGCAGGAAAAUCCAUUUUCCAUUUUCCUACACGCGGACAUUGGCUCAAAGUACCGUGUGCUGCGGACGUCCUUGUCGUGCGUGCGUCGUUUGCUCGCGCUGACGGUGUUUUUUUGAGUUCAGGGAAUCGAAUCGAGCAACAUGGAAACAUAACUGGUGGGGCGGAAUAACAAGAAACCCCAGCUAGAACACCUCUAAACACUUCAUUUUCGCAGUCCAAUCAAUAUAGAGUGGUAGUGGUGCAUUAGAAAAGAUGCAUUUGCAUUUGCAUUUUUUUUUCAGUGAGAUUUUUUCAUAUUUUUUCCAUCAAUUUCGGUGAGAGUGCUGUGCAACGAAAGGGAAUACGCAGAAACGAUUUUUUUUUAGAAAAUCGCGAGAGUCCCCGAAGGAGAAGGCCACAGAAACGAAAAGGAAAGGCGAAAACGAAGGAAAGGCAGCGCAAUAAGCCUUUUUGUAGGUCUUCACCUGCACACUCCACCUUUAAAGACCUGCUGACCGCUGAUGAACAACCGACACUUGGAGGCCAUGAAAGCGUGCUAUAUAUGGACAAAAGAAGGAACAAUCCAUUCAAACAUCUUCCCAACAUCUUGCGGAGGGUGCUAAACUAAAGGAAGCUGGACGAGAAGGGCUUCGCCUGCGACGGAAGCAAAGGAGCAGCCAACCCGACCGAAUCAUGAAACAUUCAAAUAUUUCCAUACACAAGGACAUGAUGGAAUUCGGAUAACUGCAACCGAGAAUUAAGUACAGAAAUAGUUAUAGGACACUUUCACCGAAUAACUCAUUUGGCGGUUAUCAUGAAGCGAACAGCUAUUUGCAGCUAUUUACGGGAGAGCGCGUAAAUGAAAGCCAACUUCCGGAGAAAGCAACUCUUGAGUAUAUAGAACAACCAUCAUACCCACAAACUGGUACCAGAGAUUCAUUGACGAGCAGGAGGAGGAGGAGGAGGAGGAGGAGAACAGGAGGGCACAGCGGUCAUGGAACCACCGGGCGGAGUGCCGCCGGACAGGGAUAGGCAGCUGGUGCUCCGGCAUCAGAAUCAGUCGGCUGCCCUCGUUCCCGUGGUGGUAUCGGCACCCGCAACCGCACCCACAGCACCGGGGGUAACCAGCAGUGCGACCAGUCCGCAGCCACCGGCCACGUCCCUGCUGCCCAGCAAGCCAACUAGUCUGAGUCUCCAGCCGCAUGCCAAUCUCCAGGCCAUGCAACAGUUGUCUCCCUCCGCCGGAGGUGGAGGAGGAGGUGGAGCAGGAGGAGGAGGAGGAGGAGGAGGAGGCAACAACAAUGCCACAGUGGCCAUGGCCACGAGCAGCAGUAGCGGGAAUGCCAACAGCGGCAGCAGUCCCGCUCUGGCCUCCACCGCCACGGCCAUUUCGGCCACCACCCAGGCGGCCACUGCCUUUAGCGGCAGCUCGGUGGGGCACCACCACUUGCAGCACCACCACCAGCACCAGCACCAGCAUCCGCAUCCGCCACAACUCCAGCCAACGCAACCGCAUCCGGCGCCCACGGCAGCGAGCACUGCAGCGCCACAGACGCAACAUCACGGCUCCAUUUCCGGCACUGGAUCCGCCGGUGGACUCAUCGGCUCCAGUGGCGGCAGUGCCCAUCCGCAGCAGGCCAUCGAGAAGCUAUCGCGACCUAUGGCCUUCGAUAAGAUGGAAAUGCUGGUGCGCGAGAUGCAGGAUCAGGAACAUGGGGUGCCCGUGCGGCAACAGAAAAUGUUCCUCACAUCCAUACCAUAUGCGUUUAUGGGGUACGAUUUGAUUGAAUGGCUGAUGGACCGCCUGCAAAUCGAGGAGUCGGAGGCCCUGAACAUUGCCAACCAGCUGUGUCUGCACGGCUACUUCUUUCCGGUGAACGACUCAAAGACGCUGACGGUGAAGGACGACUCGUCGCUGUACCGGUUCCAGACGCCCUACUACUGGCCCUGGCAGCACAAGGCGCCGGACAACGUGGAGUACGCCAUCUACCUGGCCAAGCGCUCGCUGCGGAACAAGCAGCGCCACGCCCUGGAGGACUACGAGGCCGAGGCGCUGGCCUCGCUGCACAAGAACCUGAAGGGCAAGUGGGACUUCAUCUCGAUGCAGGCCGAGGAGCAGGUGCGUUUGGCCAAGGAGCGCAAGAAGGGCGACAAGAUUGUGGGGGACUCGCAGGAACGAGCCUACUGGAGGGUUCACCGUCCACCGCCUGGCCAGUUCACUCCGCUGGAGCCGUGUCCAGUGCCUUCGCGCGAUCGUCAGGGCCUCAAGCCCAACAAGAAAAAGACUGUCGAUGACAUGCAGCGCGACGUUGACUACUUGAGCAAGUCGCUCAAUCGGACGCGGAUGAAGAUGUCGCAGGCGUGCGAGUCGCUCGUCUGCUAUUCGGAGACCUUCACCGAAUACGACUUCUUUCUGCAGCCGGCACUGCCCUCCAAUCCGUGGGUCACCGAGGACAUCACCUUCUGGCAGCUGAACAACACCUUCGUGGACAUUCCCACGGAGAAGCGGGUGAAGCGCUGGGCCAUUUCCAUCGAGGAGCUCGUCUCCGAUCCCACUGGCCUGCAGGAGUUCACCGGCUUCCUGGAGAAGGAGUACUCGCACGAGAACAUCCGCUUCUGGAUAGCUGUCAAUCGCUUGCGCCGAUCCGCUCACUCCCAAGUGGCGCGAAAGGUCAACGAAAUCUACGAGGAGUUUUUGAAGCCGGGAGCACCCUGCGAGAUAAACAUUGACGGCAAGACAAUGGAGAGCGUGCUGCGCGGCCUGAAGAAUCCAUCGCGGUUCACGUUCGAUUCGGCGUCGGAGCACAUAUACAUGCUGCUGCUGAAGAAGGACUGCUAUCCCCGGUUCAUACGAUCGGAGCACUACAAGCGCCUGCUGGACACCGGCAUCCAGCCGUCGUACAAGAAGCGCUUCUUCAACUUUGGCGGCGUCAGCGGGGCGAAGAAGAAAAUGACAGCCGCUUUGAGCAGCCAGCCAAAUCUGGGGGAUGCGGCUAAGGGAUCUGGUGGCGGUGGCGGCGUCGGCGGCGGCGGCACCUCCGGCAGCAGCUCCAUGAUGCAGGCCCCGUCGCCCGGUAAUCUGUCCAGGCGACGUGGCAGCGAUCGCAGCCUCACCGGAUCGGCCCACGAACUGGCCGUCAUCGGGGUGAACAAGGAUGCCGGCUCCAAGGUACCGCACUCUCAUUCCCAGAGCAAUCUCAGCGAAAUCCCCUUCAGUAGCGAUUCAAUUUAUCGAGGCGAUAUGCCACAGCGCCACAUGGCGAUCAUGGAUAUUGGGAUCUAUGCGGCUUACGGGAAUCGCGAAAGUAGUUUGCAGGCACUUCCAGAAACGCCAAAGACGAAGACCACCGCCCUGGAGCCCACGGAGUCCACGUCGUCGUCCACAGCUCUGGUGAUGGCGGCGGCGUCCAGCAGCGCCGUUUGCCCCUGGGACGAGCCAGCCGAGCCAGAUCCCCCUCCGCCGGCGACACAGGUGAAGCUAUCGGUGUGUCCCUGGGAUGUGGACAGUGCCAUAGAACCUACUCCUGCCCUCGUUGCAGGAGGAGGUGGAGCAGGAGGAGGAGGAGGAUCGUCGUCGAAGAUCUCAAGUGCCGCCGUGCAGCCACAGCGGUUGAAUAGCACUUCCUCGGACAACAGCGACGUAAAUGACCGAAUGCAGCGCAAUUUGGGCAUUCGCCAUCAGAACACCGUGGACAGUGGCGAAGCAGGCAUUAAGCGUCUGAUUCCCAACUUUUCAGAGCAGCGUCGGGCAUCAGUCUCAUUUACUCCCAGCCGUACUCCGGACUUCCAGCUAGGCCACACUCCCACGACGACAUCCUCGCCCACAGUGGUCACCAGCAGCAGCUCCACAGCGCCGCUGCAGGCUCGCAGUGCCGUCUACGGCAGCGGCAGUGCCAUCGCCAAGGAUCCGCCGUCGGGCUCAGAUCCCGAUGCGGAUGCGGAUGCGGAUGCCGAACUGGAGCUGGAGGAGCUCAACAAGCUGUCACUGGGCGGGUCCUCGACCACGGAGUUGCCGCUGCUGGUAGUGCCCACCCCCACGCAGACCCCGCCGCCCAUAACCAAGGUCACGCCGCCGCCCGAAGAGAGCACGGUGCCGGCGAUGGCCAUGGGUUUGACAGACCAGGCCCUGGACACGCCGCCGCAAACCCAACCGAACGAGGCCCAGGCCGCGGUCAAGGAGGUCCAGAUCGAACUGAUCGAACAGAUCGAAGCAGGAACUCCGCCCACCAUCAAAGUCCUGGAGCUGGAAGUAAAUUUCGGGCCGACAGCAGCAGCAGGAGCAGCAGCCGAUCCAGGCCAGGAUCGAGCACAGACCACCGAGGAUGCCGUGUUGGCGGAAGAGACAGAAGCAGCAGCAGCAGCAGUAGCAGAAGCAGAAGCCGAAAAGCUCGUCGAGAUGGAACCGCCGAUCCUGGACGAGCUCUCACCCACCACCGACGAGUACCAGGAGGGGCUGCAGUUCGGCGGCGACACCAAGGACGCAGUGGACGACUUUGACAGCAUAGACGUUGGCUACAUACCGCCAGCACCCACCCCGGCUCCCUCCAUGGCGCCCCUGGCCGAACUCGACGUGGACACGGUGGACGAUGAGCCAUGUGAGCCAUGUGAGCCAUGCGAACCAUGCGAACCGCCACCCACCGCCACUAGCAGUCGGGAAAUGGUGGUGGUCAGCACGACCUCGGCCUCGGCCACGGCCACGCCCACAUCCAGCAACGAGGAGGCGCGCAAGCGUCGCAAGAAGCGCAACUCGGAGAACAAAAAGCUCAGCUCGCAGGACGAAAAGGACAAGGCUGGCGGCAGCAGCAGUAUGGAUGCUGCCGAUCACAAUGCAGUGUGUCCCUGGGAAGACGAGAAUGUCAGCACCAACGAUGGCACCUUCGUGAAGACAUACGCCACACUGGGAUACUUAUGAAUAAAGCCAAAUCUGUUCAAAACGGUGGUCAACAAGUUGCUGAAAAGGAAGAAGCCAUACAAGAAGUAAGGCCUGGGUAGCUGGAUAGCUGAAUAGCUGGGUAGCUGGAUAGUUUAUUAUACAGAGUAUCUAUUAUAAUACGUACAUGCAAACAUAUUAUGUGUAAAUGUAAGUAUUUCAAUAAUCGAGUGUAUAUGUAAAUGUUAAAUGCUUCUCAUGUUCUUGAAACUCAAACUCCACCAAACUCCGAGGCACAGUGUUGGGGGAUUAUUGCUGAAAACUUCAAUCUAUAAUUAACAGAACAGAAAAACGGUCUAUGAAUGACACACACACACACACACACAAAAGGAAAUAUAUAUACUUUAUCUACAGAGACGUACAUACUUAUUUACAAAUCGAAGUGGCUAAGGUGGCUAAUUAGAAUUACGAAAAACAAACGGCGACAGAGUGGCAGAGGUUACUCAAAUGAAAUCAAAUGAAAUGUUAAAACUAACGCCUUCUUCUGAUCAGUUGUAAAAAAGGAAAAACAUACGGAGCUUAGAUUCGGCGGCAGACAUACUUUAAUGUAUACAAUGUAUAUGAUCUUACUGCGCAUAAGAAACCAUUUUCCAUACUUUAAUCAAAGCUAUCUGUAUAGAGACCCGUUCAAAGUCGAAACAGUUAAACACAGCAAGUUAUAGCCAAGAUCGAGAAUAAUAGACCCAAAAUGUGUAUGAUAAAGUUUAGGUUAAAUAUUUAAUUUGCACACUUGUCAGCGAUAGGCCAUGGCUCAUUCUUGGCCAAGAAAAGUCAUAUUUAUCCCAGCCAAACUGUGCAAAUUAAUCCUAAAGGGCAUUGAGUCGGGGCUGGUAAAGGGCGAAUUCUUGUUUAGAAAACCCAAAUGCGAUUGGCGGUCAGUAGAACUAUACUAUUUGAAAAUGUGAUGAUCAUGUGUUUUGAACACUUAUAUUGCCCUUUGCCAACCCGCAAGCCCCUUGUCAUAUUUAAAUGGUAGUACAAAGCGUUAAACCAGAUGUGAAAUGGCCCAUAUACUCACUAUGAAUUAUACCGAAAAGUCCCUUGGGUACAUUAAAUGCACAAGUUGCUGCGCAAGUAGUUGUUUUUCAUCAGCAGCUAGUUUGCUUUAUUUGAGUGAAAUCCGUUUCAUUUCACGGGUACAUGCCAGAACUCACGAGCCCCAAUCAAAUGUGCAGUGCAAAUGAAACACACAGUUGGAAAUCUCAGUUAUUUAUGAGAAAUCCCCUCAUUUACGUAAUAGAUACGUCGCCAAAAAACCAAAAAAAAAAAGGUCCCUAAAUUAUUUCAAAUCCAAACUGACUUGCGCGCUUAACUUGUGCGUUUUAAACUAUAUACUGUCCUACUGACUACCUAGUAAUUUUCUCUAUUUGAUUAGAAAUGUAUUGAGCUGCCCGCCCAAACAAUCGCAGAAAUCGAGCUAUGCUGUACUACAUAGAACACUAACAACCCAAAGCCAACAUCGAUGGGAUUGAACCGUGAUGGCCAUGGCCCGCAUCUUUAAGAUCAAAUUACACAUAGAGUACUGUUCCAUUCGAACGUCUUUACCUUAGACACAACACACACAACACACACACAACACACACACAGAACACACACAAACAACAAAAUGAUUAGAAAAUCAAAUUAAGAUGAAAUCCUGGUUGUUCGCGACUAAUACCUUUAUAUGAAUCGAAAGAUGAUAUAACUUAUCGAAGAACUAUUACAAUCUAAGUAUAUUUAUAUUUUCAUUGUGCAUAUGAAUUAGCUACUUACUGUCGAAACCCGUUUUGCUGGUAAACAAUCUUUAUAUGGGAUAUCUGAAUUCUCUUUGUGCUUUCUAAACAAAACAAAACAUAAAAGAAAACAAAAAAAACCAAAUAAAAAACAUUUUUCAACUACUUCAAUUAACAAAGCAAAACAAAAACUGUAAACUGUAAACUGUAAAACGAUAUGUACCAAAUGUACCAAAGAAGAUGGAGAGUUAAAUGCCGAAAACCUAAGCAAAUCCAAGUAAAUGUUGCAUAGAUAUUACGAAACGAGGCGUACACUUAGAGAAAUAGGGACGAUGUGCCGAGUGUAGGGCGUGCGUACAAAAUAUGUACAUGAAACCACCGUUAACUUUGCUUAAUGCGAGCCGAGCAAUUAAAGAGUUAAAACCAUAAAAAAAAAAAAAAAAA